AUGAAUAGACCCAAAGAAUGCGAUUCUUAUACAGAUUGUAAUGAACAUGGAGACUGUAUAUCAGGAGAUUGCAGCUGUGACUUAGGCUGGUUUGGAAAGACAUGCACUAGUAGUGGUAUUGACGAAUGAGGUGAAAAAGCCUGAAAAGGACUUGUGGUCUUGUUUUCUAUUUUAUAUUUUUUGCUUUUUGUUCUUGCUUUAUACAAGCUUUAUAAAGCUAUAAAAAGUGACAAGCAUUUGGGGAUUAACAGGCUCUUCGUGAGGCUUUUAAGAAGCCCUAAGCAUUUAAGUUUAUUUUUUAUCAGCUUAAUCGGACUUUUAAGAGGAAUAUGGAUCUCUUAUGAUCCGUUAUGUUUACGAAACAAAAUGCCAAGAGUAGGAGACCGUUUAUUGGGGGAAAUUACUUAUCCUAUACUUUAUGGAGUUUAUACAUGCGUUUUACUUGUAUGAGGCGGCUUGUAUCAAGGUAUGGCUUCUAAGAAAACUGACCCUUUUAGGAUUCUGCGCAGAUUUCUCUUAUGGAUAAUGAUAUUAUCUUUCCCUUGUGUAUCAAUUAUGAGCAUUCUUAAAGGACUAAGAUACUCAGACUCAACCGUUUAUAUACUCGGAUCAUGCUGUGUUGGCGUAGGGAUUGUUAUUCUUGUAAUGGGAUUCAUAAUGUUUACCAUUUUACUCUUUUGCUAUGUAGAUAGCAACGCUGGCAAAUCUGAAGAAAUCGAAUUAAGAUUUCAAAACAGCAUCGCUUUGUCAGAAACACAGAAUAUCUUUUUGCAAGAAAAGAGAGAAGAUGUGCCAUCAUCCCCAAGCCCUUUUAGAAGAUCAUCACUAGCUCUAUUUUUUGAUGAUUCUGCAAAUAAGCGGAAUGAAGAAAUAGGCCUGGUAGAUGGAUCAAAUAAUGUGGCAGACUUCCAUAAUUGGCAAAAACAAGAUUGCACUUGAAAUACCUUUGAAAGUGAAAACACUUCUGUGACUUCUGAAAUAUUCAUAAGAGACACAACUAAGCAUGAAGACUAUAAUUAUAGGCUUCACACCAAACAUGGAGAAGUAAGCCAUUAUAUUCUUAAUCUUACAGAAGAAGAUGGCAUAGUGUUCAGGAAAAUCAUUAUUUUAUCAUCAUUAUCAGCACUACUAGGAAUAUUAGUUUUACUGCUAUAUAUUUCAUACACCGUUGGCAAUUUAAGUGACAACCCACAUGCUACUUUGGCUCUUAUUUACAUUGCAUUUUCACUAGAAAUUUUUUCAUGUACUAUUAUUUACAAUGUUUUUACAACCCAAAUUAGAGUUGAGGCCAAAGAAAGGCUGAAUUUUGUAACAAGAAUUUGUAUUGAUAAUUCGGAUAAAGAGGUAAAAAUAUCAUACCCAAAGCGUUUUGGGAAUAUUGGGGACAAAUUAUAUUAUUAUUUUUAA